GCGGUCGCGAGCUUGCAGUUGCAACCUGCAGAGAUGAGCAGAGAACAAACCAUCAAGAUACUCCGACUCGUUCCGAAGCGCUUCUGCGCAUUCCAUUUCUAAAACGACGCAACGGAUCGCAAUGGUGUCGGUCGAUGUGUACCGCCGCCACGACGCCAUGAGCCCGGCCUGCGCGCUCCUGCGGCCGUACGCGGGCGCCGUCGGGCUUGUCGCGAUCCUCCUCUUUGGCUUCCUCCUUGGCUGCGACGAAGCCGCGCCGGCGCCGGCGAUUGCAGGCUGGACCGCGACGCUCGCUGGCACGCUGCGCUUCUACCCGCAGCUGUGCCUCAACUGGCAGCGGCGCAGCGUCGUCGGUCUCUCGCUGGACGCGCAGGUCUAUGCCGUUUUUGGGUUUGGUGCCUACGCGCUCUUCAACUGCGGCUUCUCGUGGACGGCGAAUGCGCACACCAACCCGCUCCUGUCACCCAUGUCAAUUUACGUCAACCUCCACGCGCUCUUGCUGUCGAUGCUGCUCUUGUACCAAUGCACGAUCUUCAAGCGCGGCUCGCAAGUCGUCUCGACAAGGUGCCAAGUGCUCGUCUGCGCCGCUCUCAUGCUCAUAUUACUCUUCCUUGGUCUCGGUCUCCUUCUCGAUGUCUCGGCGUUCACGUGGCCUAGCUUCGUGUCGCUCACGUGUUAUCUGCAUGUGCUGUUGACGGCCAUCAAGUACGCGCCACAGAUCGAGCUGCAGUACGAGCGCAAGUCGACGCGCGGCUUCUCGGUCUACGGCGUCGUGUACGAUUGCGUCUACGGCGGCGCGACGCUCGCCACGCUGCUAGCGUCCAAGGCUGCGUCGGCGAAUCCGUGGCUGCUCGCAAUCGCGUGCAUGACGAUCGCCUGCAACGCCAUCUUGCUCCUCCAGCACUUUGCCCUCUACUGGCAGCAGCCACCACUGGACGACAGCGACGACUGCACGCUCCAGGAGCGCCGUGCACUCAUUCACAUUUAAGACAGCAUUCCAUAGUCUAUUCUAUAUAUACGUGAGAAGUACAGUCAGCGUUGGCCCAGCGAAACGACGAGGGGUAGGGUAGACCAACCCUACACCUAGUGACCGACGCAUGGCAACGUGGGCGAUGCACCAGAAGAGUCACAUCGCACUCGUCGAUGACGUUGUUGAA